UCCAGCAAGCAAGAGCGCCGAAAUGAGGGGCAGCUCACAAGUGCAUCGCUUUCUGCUCUGGUGUUGUCUGUCUGCUUUGCCUUUAAGCUCAGGUUCUCCACAUCACUUCCAAGACUAUUUUGAAGAAUGGGACAAUAACAACGCAGAGAAUUUGGCUUUGUGUUUCACUCAUUGGAGGGCACUUCAGACACAGCCUCAGCUCACUAAAUUUGUUAUGGACUUUUGCAAUACCAUCCUACAAAAUAUGCCAAGAACUGAGGCGAGUAUUUGA